AAUGGCAGCAAAUGUCUAUCAGUUUUGGCGGUACAGAGUGGUUGUCGUGGUCGUUUGGAUAAGAGGCGUGCCCCGUUGUUUGAUUACCAUCUGGGUGUGGGCUAUUACAUUAUGGCGGACGCUAGACCAGCUGAAAAGGAGGAGCAGCAAAAGCCGAGUGCUCCACGUAAGGUAGUGGAAGAGCGUGUGAAGGGUGUUGUAAAGUGGUUCAACGUGAAGGCUGGGUACGGCUUCAUUAACCGCCAGGAUACGUCUACGGACAUAUUCGUUCACCAGUCUGCUAUUACAAGAAAUAAUCCUGAUAAGCUUCAGCGCUCUCUUCAGGAAGGGGAGGAAGUGGAAUUCUAUGUUGUUGAAGGCGACAAAGGUGACGAAGCAUGCGAGGUGACAGGUCCUGGGGGAGAGCCUGUCAAGGGGAGUGUUUAUGCUGCCGUACGUGGGCGUGGGAGAAGUCCACGUGUGUUCAAUGUGCGUGGGAGAGGUCGCGGGAUGGGGCCAGGGGGAUUCUCCAGCAAUCAGGACUUUGGUCCGUAUUACAGCCCUCGUGGUCGUGGACGCGGUCGUGGGGGUCCAGAUAUGUACGGAGGCGGCUAUGAAUUCAUGGAUCGCGGUGGACGAGGACGUGGAUUCCGUGGUCGUGGCAGACCGCGUGGCCGUGGCUUCCGAGGAUCUGGUGGGUUUGAACCUCGAGGACGUGGUGGUCCACGUGGAGGAAGAGACAGCUACCAUGCCGAAAAUGGUUCACCAGAUAUGCGUGACGCGUAACCAGUCGUCCUGAUUACUAAAUAUCGAGCAUCGUCAUUUUAGAAAAUUUGUGUACUCUGUCAGCAUUCAUAUGUGCAUGUCUAAGUUUCAACCCAAUUGUUUAAACAUCCAACUUGCAGCACGCUGGAUUAUCACUUGUCUUUACGAUAUUUUGGAUGCACACCAACUUUUCAUCUUCCUCAGUUUUGGCGUUUCAUUGAUCAACCCUGUAUGUUUCCAACUUUGCAGUUCAGAAUUCCUAUGGAUAUUGGGAUUGUUUCACUCGAUCUUACAGCCUUAGCUUUCUAUGCUUUCCGAUGCAUUUCUUAUCUAUCAGGACCUUCCAUCUGAACUUGAUUACUUUUCUACUGUUUCAUAUUUAUUCAUGCUUCCGUCCACCGAUUGUUUGAGGACUCAGACCACUUUCCGGGGUCGGAGAUCUAGCUGGUUGUAUACUGGUGGUUACCUUUCUGUGAGAUAUGUUGCUUUUCUGUCAUCUACUUGUGUGGAUAAUUAGUGCUGUAUGGUUUGAACUUUUUUCUUAAUUGAAUAUGCAUUUUGAUACUUGAUAAAAUUUCUUUAGAGUAACA